AUGCCUUUUCUCUCCGGGUCCACUGAACAUUCCACGGGGAUCAAAAAAGCGAGGUUACUUAUUAUCAACCCCAAUGCCACGCAAGCAUUCACGCAAUCGAUCCAACGAACACUGAUCCCCCCACCUGACAUGAUCCUGGAUUUUUACAAUCCCUCUCACCCGGAUGCUCCGUACAGUAUAGAAGGGUCUCACGACAGUGUCAUUUCUGCGGCAGCUUGUGUGAAGGAUCUUAGAGGUCAAUUGGAUAAAUGGAGCGGAUUCGUGGUAGCUUGCUUCUCAAAUCACCCUUUGACCGCUUCUCUGCGCGAAUUGACGUCCUCACCGGUGACAUCCAUUCUAGCUGCUCCUCUCCUUCUUGCAUCGAACCUGGGCUCUCGGGUUGGAAUCUUGACGACCUCACCACGCUGGGUGCCACUCCUCACACAUGAUAUUCAUUCACUGCAUCUCUCGCAGCAAUGCUCAGCCGGUGUGGUUUCAUCUGGUCUUUCGGUUCUCGAUCUUGAGGACUUGCCUCGUGAGGAAGUAAUGGGAACUUUAGUCAGGAUCGCCAAGGAGGAGCUAGAGGAAAAAAGAGAUGCGGAUGUCAUCGUGCUUGGAUGCGCGGGGAUGGUGGGAUUGGACAAGGAGAUUCAGGCAGUCUGCAGAAGCGGGAUGGUAGUGAUUGAUCCUGUAAUUGCGGGAGUCGAACUGUGUGCUACUUUAGUCAGAAUGGGUCUGUCCACGGGGAAAUUAGGCAUGUAUGCAGCUGUUUAG